GCAUUUUAUGUCUCCUCUCUUUUAACUCUGCGGACGAGCAGGGAGACCCUAAAACCCUCUGUGCUUCCCCAAUUGAUUUGGUUCCAAAAGUUUGAAAUCGGAUUCUGGAUUUGAUUUUGGGAAAGGGUUUAUUAAAAGAUUUGAGUUAUGGAUUUGGAAGAAGAGUAUGAUCAAGGAUACAACGAUGAGGAAGAAGAUAUAACCCAAGAGGAUGCUUGGGCAGUUAUUAGUUCUUAUUUCGAAGAAAAGGGUCUUGUUCGUCAACAACUCGAUUCGUUUGAUGAAUUUAUUCAGAACACUAUGCAGGAAAUUGUUGAUGAGUCUGCAGAUAUCGAGAUCCGACCUGAAUCCCAGCACAAUCCGGGUCACCAACCUGAUUUUGCAGAGACUAUCUAUAAGAUCAGCUUUGGUCAGAUUUAUUUGAGUAAGCCGAUGAUGACAGAAUCAGAUGGUGAAACAGCUACAUUGUUUCCAAAGGCAGCAAGGCUGAGGAAUCUGACGUAUUCUGCACCAUUGUAUGUUGAUGUAUCAAAGAGGGCUAUAAAGAAAGGGCAUGAUGGUGAAGAAGUCACAGAAACUCAGGAUUUUGCCAAGGUCUUUAUUGGAAAGGUUCCUAUAAUGCUACGGUCAAGUUACUGUACACUAUUUCAGAAUUCAGAAAAGGACCUGACAGAGCUUGGGGAGUGCCCUUAUGAUCAAGGUGGAUAUUUCAUUAUCAAUGGGAGUGAAAAGGUUCUAAUUGCUCAAGAGAAGAUGAGCACCAAUCAUGUCUAUGUCUUUAAGAAAAGGCAGCCCAACAAAUAUGCGUAUGUGGCAGAAGUUCGUUCAAUGGCAGAAUCUCAGAAUAGGCCACCCAGUACCAUGUUUGUCCGGAUGCUUUCUCGGACUAGUGCCAAAGGGGGCUCCUCAGGUCAAUAUAUUCGUGCCACCCUUCCAUAUAUUCGGACAGAGAUUCCUAUCAUUAUCGUGUUUCGAGCACUGGGAUUCGUUGCUGAUAAAGAUAUAUUAGAACACAUAUGUUAUGAUUUUGCUGAUACUCAAAUGAUGGAGUUGCUACGACCUUCAUUAGAAGAAGCUUUUGUAAUUCAAAAUCAGCAAGUGGCCCUAGAUUACAUUGGGAAAAGAGGUGCCACUGUUGGUGUCACAAAAGAGAAGAGAAUAAAGUACGCACGUGAUAUCCUUCAAAAAGAAAUGCUUCCUCAUGUGGGGGUUGGAGAGUAUUGUGAAACAAAGAAAGCAUAUUAUUUUGGAUAUAUCAUCCAUCGUCUUUUGUUAUGUGCUCUUGCCCGGAGGGCUGAAGAUGAUAGGGAUCAUUAUGGCAACAAGAGGCUUGAUCUUGCUGGUCCAUUGCUCGGGGGUCUGUUCAGAAUGCUCUUCAGAAAGUUAACAAGAGAUGUAAGAGGAUAUGUUCAGAAGUGUGUGGACAACGGGAAGGAUGUUAAUCUGCAAUUUGCAAUUAAAGCAAAAACAAUAACCAGUGGGCUUAAAUAUUCGCUUGCUACUGGGAAUUGGGGACAAGCGAAUGCUGCUGGAACAAGGGCUGGUGUCUCACAGGUGUUGAAUCGCUUGACAUAUGCAUCUACAUUGUCACAUUUACGAAGACUGAACUCUCCUAUAGGGCGUGAAGGAAAAUUGGCAAAACCAAGACAGUUGCACAACUCACAAUGGGGAAUGAUGUGUCCUGCAGAAACUCCUGAAGGACAGGCAUGUGGAUUGGUGAAAAACCUUGCAUUGAUGGUUUACAUAACUGUUGGAUCAGCCGCAUACCCAAUUCUGGAAUUUUUGGAAGAAUGGGGUACAGAGAAUUUUGAGGAAAUUUCUCCUGCUGUGAUCCCGCAAGCUACAAAAAUCUUUGUCAAUGGCCUCUGGGUGGGGAUCCAUCGUGAUCCUGACAUGUUGGUGAGAACGCUGAGGAGAUUGCGACGACGAGUUGAUGUGAACACCGAAGUUGGAGUUGUCCGAGAUAUUCGUUUGAAGGAACUUCGGAUCUAUACGGAUUAUGGCCGUUGCAGUCGUCCACUCUUCAUUGUUGAGAAGCAAAGACUUCUGAUAAAAAAGAAAGAUAUCCAAAAACUGCAACAGAGGGAAACCCCGGAAGAUGGCGGAUGGCAUGAUCUUGUAGCAAAUGGAUUCAUCGAGUAUAUUGAUACAGAAGAAGAAGAGACUACUAUGAUUUCCAUGACCAUUAAUGAUCUUGUAAGCGCGAGGGUAAAUCCAGAUGAGUCUUAUUCCGACACUUAUACCCAUUGUGAAAUCCAUCCAUCAUUGAUCUUGGGUGUUUGUGCAUCGAUCAUACCAUUUCCCGACCACAAUCAGUCUCCACGUAACACGUAUCAGUCUGCUAUGGGUAAGCAAGCUAUGGGGAUUUAUGUCACUAACUUCCAAUUUCGUAUGGAUACAUUGGCCUACGUUCUAUACUAUCCCCAGAAACCUCUUGUAACUACUCGAGCAAUGGAGCAUUUGCACUUCAGACAGCUUCCGGCUGGCAUUAAUGCAAUCGUGGCAAUUUCUUGUUAUUCUGGAUAUAACCAAGAAGAUUCCGUUAUCAUGAACCAAUCGUCAAUAGAUCGUGGUUUCUUCAGAUCACUUUUCUUCCGUUCAUACAGAGACGAAGAGAAGAAGAUGGGGACACUUGUGAAAGAAGAUUUCGGCCGUCCAGAUAGAGCUAACACCAUGGGUAUGAGACAUGGUUCUUACGAUAAAUUGGAUGAUGAUGGUCUAGCUCCUCCUGGAACACGAGUUGGAGGUGAAGAUGUGAUCAUUGGUAAGACGACGCCUAUCGCACAGGAUGAUGCUCAGGGGCAAGCCUCACGAUACACUCGUCGUGAUCACAGUACAAGUUUGCGUCAUAGUGAAACCGGAAUGGUUGAUCAGGUUCUGUUGACCACAAAUGCCGAUGGAUUGAGGUUUGUGAAAGUGAGGGUGAGGUCUGUGAGGAUACCCCAAAUUGGAGAUAAGUUUAGUAGUAGGCAUGGUCAAAAGGGAACCGUUGGGAUGACUUACACGCAAGAAGACAUGCCGUGGACCGUGGAAGGCAUUACCCCCGAUAUCAUCGUGAACCCUCAUGCUAUCCCUUCUCGAAUGACGAUUGGUCAACUUAUCGAGUGUAUCAUGGGGAAAGUUGCAGCACAUAUGGGGAAAGAAGGAGAUGCUACACCUUUCACUGAUGUGACUGUGGAUAAUAUCAGCAGGGCGCUCCACAAGUGCGGUUACCAAAUGCGUGGGUUUGAAACUAUGUACAAUGGUCAUACAGGGCGACGGCUUACCGCCAUGAUCUUCCUUGGGCCCACAUACUACCAAAGAUUGAAACAUAUGGUGGACGACAAGAUACAUUCUCGAGGACGAGGUCCAGUUCAGAUCCUCACCCGGCAGCCGGCCGAGGGACGAUCGCGUGACGGUGGGCUCCGAUUCGGAGAGAUGGAACGAGAUUGCAUGAUUGCUCACGGUGCUGCUCAUUUCCUUAAAGAACGACUUUUCGAUCAGAGUGAUGCGUACAGGGUUCAUGUUUGCGAGCGUUGCGGAUUGAUAGCCAUCGCUAACCUCAAAAAGAACUCUUUCGAGUGUAGAGGCUGCAAAAACAAAACCGAUAUCGUUCAGGUGCAUAUUCCGUACGCUUGUAAGCUGUUGUUCCAAGAAUUGAUGGCGAUGGCGAUUGCACCUAGAAUGCUUACGAAAGACGUCAAGCAAGCUAAAGAUAGCAAAAAGAAAGGUGCUUGAUACGCGCACUUUGCUUCCGAAUGAGCAUGAUUACAAAAGCCGGUGAUCGUAAUUACAAGACGGUGGUUUUUUUUUGUACGGUGUAUCGGCAACGUUAUUAUAUACUGAUUUAGUAUUGUAUCGUGAACGUACUAUUAUCAUACAAUACAAAAUUCGAGUCUUUUACAAAA